GGGGCCGCUCCUGCGCGGGGAUGGCGGAGCGGCCGCGCUUCCUCUGCGGCGUGGUGGAAGGUUUCUAUGGGCGACCCUGGUCAAUGGAUCAGAGGAAACUCCUCUUUCAAUGGCUGCAGCACCGAGGGCUGAACUGCUACAUGUAUGCACCCAAGGAUGAGCUGAAGCACCGGCUGCUCUGGAGAGAGCCCUACACAGAGCAUGAGGCAGCCCGCAUGCGGUCUCUCAUCGAGGCUGCCCAGGAACGGGGGGUGGAGUUGAUUUUCGCCAUUUCUGCUGGCCAGGACAUGGUGUUUUCCAGCGCUGGGGAUCGCCUCCUGCUGCAGCAAAAACUCAGGCAGGUGGCUGCCCUGGGGUGCCGCUCCUUCGCGCUGCUCUUCGACGACAUCGACCCCUGCAUGUGCCAAGCUGACAGAGAUGUCUUCCCCUCCCUGGCACAGGCUCAGGCCUCUGUGGCCAACGAGGUGUACCAGGAGCUGGGCCAACCCUCAGUCUUCCUCUUCUGCCCUACAGAAUAUUGCAGCUCCCUGUGCUCUCCCAGCCCCAGCCAGUCCUGCUACCUGCAGACCAUUGGCCAGGAGCUGCUCCCAGGGAUUGCUGUCAUCUGGACAGGCCCCAAGGUGGUGUCCCAGGAGCUGUCAGCAGAGCUGCUGGAGGAGGUGGAGGCCGUCCUGAGGCGCCCUCCCGUCAUCUGGGACAACCUCUACGCCAACGACUACGACUGCAGACGAGUCUUCCUGGGCCCUUACAUGGGCCGAGCUCCUGGCCUCAUGUCCAGGCUCCAAGGGCUGCUCCUCAACCCCAACUGUGAGCUCCAGGCCAACUUCAUCCCCAUCCACACGCUGGGCACCUGGUUUGGGAGCGAGCUGGGGAGCUGUGCCCACCCUGAGCAUGCAGGAAUGGAGGGAGCCCUGGGGGACAGCCAAGGAGCUCAGGAUGGAAGCUACAGCCCCCAGGAAGCCUUGGAGCUGGCACUGCGUGACUGGGUGGCUGAGAUAAACCAGCAGGCCUUGGAGCCAGGAGGAAGGACCCCAGGACAGCCCAGUGUCAGCCUCAAGGGAGGACCAAAGCUGCAGCCUGGCACAGCAGGAGGACAGGAGGCCACUCCUGACCCUCAGCCCCACAGCUCUGCUCCUGGUGGGGCAGACCAGCACAGCCCUGAGCCCUGUGGAGAGGCACCAGAGGAGGGGUGCAGGGAGGUGACCUCAGCCAGGACACCCAGUGGCCACCAGCAGAGCCCUACAAGGGCUGGGGACCAGCUCCCCACCACAGGGAGCUGUGAGCCCCCCUCUGCUCUGCCCAGUGUGGCUGGGAGUGCCCAGUCUGCAGCAACCCCAGUGGCCACCAAGACCCUCCCCAGCCCCACCAGGAGCUCCAGCAGUGGGGCCAACACCAAUCAGAACAUUUCCCUGCCCACCAGUGAUGCCAGGACAGGGGAUGGCAGCCCCAUCCACUCUCCCAGCAGCACCCAGCCUGAGGCCAUCAGGACUGAUGUGCCCCAGACACCCCCAGGACCUGGGAAUGGUGCCAGCCCUGGUGCCCCAGCCCCACUGACUGAUGAGGUUGGUGCUGGCCCUGAUCCCAUGGCACCAGUGACCCCAGAGGAGGCUGGGCCUGGCCCCAUAACCCCCAAAGAUGCCAGGACCAGCCCCACAGCAAAGAUGACCCCAGAGGAGCCCAGGACCAGCCCCAUAGCACCAGUAACCCCAAAGAAGGCUGAGUCUGGCCCCAUGACUCCCAAGGAGGCCAGGACCAGCCCCACAUCCCAGGUGACCCCAGAAGAGGCUGGGUCUGGCCCCACAUCCCAGGUGACCCCAGAAGAGGCUGGGUCUGGCCCCACAUCCCAGGUGACCCCAGAAGAGGCUGGGUCUGUCCCCAUGACCCCCAAGGAGGCCAGGACCAGCCCCACAUCCCAGGUGACCCCAGAGAAGGCCAGGACCAACCCCACAUCCCAGGUGAGCCCAGAGGAGGCCAGGGCCAGCCCCACAUCCCAGGUGACCCCAGAGGAGGCCAGGGCCAGCCCCACAUCCCAGGUGACCCCAGAGGAGGCCAGGACCACCCUCACAGCACUGAUGACCCCAGAAGAGGCUGAGCCUGACCCCAUGGCACCAAUGACCCCAAAGGAGGCCAGACCCCACCCCACAGCACCACUGAGCCCAGAGGAGGCGGUGCCCAGCCCCACAUCACCCCUGACCCUGGAGGAGGUGCGGAUGCUGGUGGAGCUCUUCUACCUGCCCUACCAGCACGGGGCUCUGGCACAGCAGCUCCUGGAGCACUUUCGGUGGCUGCGAGCCAACAGCCUCAGCGUGGGGGUCCCGGCCACAGCUCCUGAUGCCUGCGGGGGCACGCGGUGGCGGGGCCAGGCUCGCUCCUUCCAGCGGCUCUGCGCACGGACGUGCCGCCUGCACAGCCGCCUGGUCAGCACGGCCGGCCGGGCGCUGCUCUACGACCUGCACCCCUACCUGUGGGACAUCCGAAACCUGCUGCUGGCUGCCAGUGCCUUCGUCCUCUGGCUGGAUGGUCACCUCCUGUGCGACCCUGACCCCAAGGGCACCUGGGGGAGCUGCUUUGGCUGGUGCCAGAGCAUCAGUGCCCCGAUGCUGCUGGGGAGGGACGCCGAGCCCUGGGCACGCCGUGGGGGCCUCUUUGGAGAGCUGCAGGCAUUGCUGCCCGUGGGGAACAGCUGUGACCUCUUCUACCAUCCUCCCCCGCUCUUCCCAUCCAGCCAGCUGUACCUGCUGCGCCCGCUGCUGCCCCUGGACAAGGGAGAGCUUUACCGCAUGUGCCGGGAGAGUCUGGACUGUGAUCCCAAAGUGGCAGAGAUCCUUGUGGCCCACCCGGAUCUCCUCGGUGACAGGCUCCUGGGCAGCUUCCUCAGCCUGAGCCCUGAGUACACCUUUGUGCUGGAGGAUGAGGAUGGCCCCUGUGGCUACGCAGCCGGAGCACUCCAUGCCGAAGGCUUCCUGCAGCAGCGAGACAGCAGCUGGCUGCCAGCCAUAAGGCACAAGUACCCCCCAGAGCUGGGCACAGGGGGGGCAGCUCUGGGACAGGACGCCCUGGAGGAAGCAGUGCUCUUCUUCCACGCAGAGCCCCUGGCAGUGCCCCAGCCCGUGCUGAGGCGUUUCCCCUCCCUGGUACAGCUGGGCACGGCCCCCCGUGUGCUGGAUGUGGGGGCCAGUCGCAGCCUGGCCCUCUGCCUGCUGAGUGCACUCAGGGCCAAUGGCUCACGGGGAGUGUUCUGCCAGGUCAGUGACUCCGACAGGCAGCAGCUGAGCUUCUACAGCAAGCUGGGCUUUGUCGCCCUGCCGGUGGCCUGGGGCAGCUCUCCCGGCUCUCAGCUCCUGGGACGACUCCUCUGAUGACAGGGCACAGGGAGGCAGUGCCCCAGGCCAGGCUGAGCCCCCCAUCCCACACAGCAUCAGCCUGAGCAAGCGGGAGCAGAGGGGCACCUGGAGCAGGCCAGGUACACAUGAGAGGUGACAUGGGGGCGAGCAGGAUGUCACUGGGAUGUGUGCAGGGCUGUGAGGCACCUGGGUAGCAGAGAGCUAUUUCUGCUGCUCAUGGGAUUUGGCCAGCUCUGUGCCACCCCAAAUGUUUGCUGGGUACCCUGCACCUUUGCUGGGGAGCUUCAGGCCUGCAGGAGCUCGCGAGCAGUGUUUGGGUUUGUGGUCCUGGGGCACAGCACGGUGCCUUAGUGCCACAGGAGUGUCCCUGUCAUGCAGGCUGGGCUGCCCAGCUCUCUCCAUCCCCCGUGUGGCCUGAGACUGGGCAGCCGGUGCUGGGGCUGGCUCUCGGCACUGAGGACCUGCUUGUCUGUAUGGACUGAUCUGGUUUGGGAUGCGGCGGGGCAGUCUAUCUUUUUGUGCCUGGGGCCUGAGGGAAGCGCUGUCCUUGGCAAUAAAGCGUUUGCUGGGCUCUCA